UGCAACCCAAUCCAGGCGCGUGCUGCUACUGUUUAAGCGUGUGUGCCACCUCCGCCAGCCGUGUGCUCCUCUUCGGUUGGCGCCACUUGUACCCUCCUUUCCUUCCUCGUGCCUAACACCCCGUGCUGAGUAUCCUUAUCGAUAUCUCUCCUUGAAAAGUAAUCACAGCGACACAGCGAAACCUCAUUUCUCUUUCCUUUAAAUAAAGUCCUAUAUCUGCAUUGAGGCUGGGCGGAAGGCUCUGCAUUAGCCGCGACAGUAAUGGCCAUUUCUCAGCGUGAUGAUCCCCUCGACCACAAAACCCCAUUGCUCCAAAACGACGUCGAGGCGGCCGUUUUGGACUUCAGAGACUCCUCCUUCCCGAAAAGCUCAGGCGGCUGGCGCUCCGCCGCCUUUAUAAUCGGUGUGGGAUGUGCGGAGAGGUUCGCAUUCUAUGGCGUCAGCUCCAACCUCGUGACGUUUCUGAGCGGGCCGUUGGGGGAGUCGACAGCGACGGCGGCUGAGAAUGUGAACACGUGGUCAGGAACGGCGUCGUUGCUUCCCUUGCUCGGAGCCGUCGUCGCCGAUUCGUUUCUCGGUCGCUACCGCACCAUCGUUUUCUCUUCUCUGCUCUAUAUCCUGGGGCUAGGCUUGUUGAGUUUCUCGGCCAAGCUUCCCUCUCUCACUGGUUCUGAUUGCGGAAACAGCAGUCAGUUGACAUCGUGCUAUUCUCAGCUCCAAGUAAUAUUCUUCUACUUCUCUCUAUAUCUGGUAGCUGUAGGGCAAGGCGGAAACAAACCUUGCAUACAAGCUUUCGGAGCUGAUCAGUUCGAUGGACAAGAUCCAGUGGAGAGCAAAGCCAAAAGCUCAUUCUUUAAUUGGUGGUACUUUGGUAUCUGCUCAGGCUCCUUAUGUACGCGAUUGAUAUCAAGCUACAUACAGGACAACUUCAGUUGGGUUCUGGGAUUUGGAAUUCCUUGUAUUGUGAUGGCCCUUGGCCUAUUUGUUUUCUUGUCCGGAACAAGAACUUAUAGGUACAGCGUUGAAGGGGAUGGGAAAAGCCCAUAUGCCAGAAUUGCUAAGGUUUUUGUUGCUGCAUUUAAGAAUUGGCGAACUACUCCUUCAGAGCCUCUUGCAAACCCGCCUCACCAAAGUUCCGAAAAAUACAAGUUCCUCAACAAGGCGUUGCUACCUGAUAGUGAUUUGAAGGAAUAUAACAAGGUCUGUACUGUCUCUGAGGUAGAAGAAGCAAAGGUUGUUCUUAGUCUAUUUCCUAUAUGGAGUACAUGCCUGGUAUAUGCUAUUGUGCUUGCACAGAUGUCGACUUUCUUUACCAAGCAAGGGGCGACACUGGACAGAGAAAUUGUAGCCGGCUUUGAGAUACCAGCUGCUUCACUUCAGUCUUUUACUAGCCUCAUUAUUAUUCUCUUCAUUCCUAUUUAUGAGCGUGUCUUUGUUCCGAUGGCAAGUGCUUUCACUGGAAAACCCUCUGGCAUUACAACGCUACAAAGAAUCGGAGUUGGGAUAUUUUUAGCUGCUCUUUCCAUGAUAGCUGCAGCUUUAGUUGAGAAGAAAAGGCUUGAAACUGCUCAAGAGUAUGCUCUGGUUGAUAUGCCACAUGUUACAAUUCCAAUGGGCGUGUGGUGGUUGAUUCCUCAGUACUUGUUGAUUGGAGUGUCUGAUGUUUUCUCGAUGGUUGGUCUGCAAGAGUUUUUCUACGAUCAGGUACCAAAUGAACUAAGAAGUGUAGGAGUUGCCCUCUACCUCAGUAUCUUUGGUGUGGGAAACUUUUUAAGCAGCUUUCUUAUCUCGGCCAUAGAGGAAGCAACCAGCGGAGUAGGCCGAGUUAGCUGGUUUUCCAAUAAUCUGAAUCGUGCACAUCUUGAUUACUUUUACUGGCUACUCGCUGCACUCAGUGUAGUGGAACUGGGUGUCUUCACAUACUUCGCAAAAUCUUACCGAUAUAAGCAGGAGAGGUAGAAUAUAAGUAGGGUGUACUCUUCAAACGCAGUUGUUUAGGAGCUCAUAGGGGUCUUUCUUUCGUCUAUCAGAAAUUUCAAACUUGAUUCCUUUUUUAAUAAUGAUUAUUGACAUGGAUUCUCUAGCAA